GGGAGCGAACGAGGAUGGGCAGCUGGGCACGGGUGCACUGGCACACUCAGCAGCGCUGCAGCUGGUGCCGGCGCUGGCAGGGGCGGAUGUGGUGCAGCUCGUGGGCGGCAGCAGGAACUCCCUCGCUCUCACACAGGACGGCCGGGUGUUCGUGUGGGGGUGGAAUCAGCGCAGCACGUUGGGCCAUCCGCCCGCCCCGGCCGCCCCGCGAGAAGCCGUCCCCUGCCAGGUGGAGUCGCUUAAGGACGAGAAGAUCGUACAGGCAGCCAUUGGAGGGUGGCACUGUCUAGCCGUGAACGAGAAGGGGACUGCUUUCUCCUGGGGUGGCAACGAGUACGGGCAGUGUGCAGCCAAGGUGGCAGACAAGCUGCACGGCAACAAGCUGAGCGCGCGAGACAUCCUCUCGCCCUUCCCCUGCGUGCCCCAGCUGCGCGUCAAACAGGUUGCGGCGGGCGGCACGCACUCAGUGGUGCUGACAAGGGAGGGCGAGGUGUGGGUGUGGGGGCAGCCCUGGCCGCCCGCUGAUGCCAAGCAGGUGUGGGUGCCAGCAAAAGUACCCGGGCUGAAGGGCGUGCAGAGCAUAGCGGUGGGCGCGUUCCACAACUUGGCAUUAAAGGGGGACGGCCGAGUGGUGGCAUGGGGCAGCAACGAGUAUGGGCAGCUGGGCACGGGGGACACACAGCCGCGCUCGCUGCCUGUGGAGUUGCCUCAACUCACCCAGGCUGAUGUGGUGGACAUAACAGCAGGGGGGUGGCAUUCCAUGGCAGUCACUCGCUCCGGACAGGUGUGGGCAUGGGGGAGAGGGGAGCACGGGCGGAUGGGGUUCGGCGAGGAUAAGACAAUCAAAGCCGUACCAACGGUGGUGACGCUGCUGGCGGGAGAAACAGUGGUGCAGGCCUCGUGUGGUGGCACACACUCCCUCGUUGUCACGCUUGAUGGGCGAAUGUUCACUUUCGGCAGAGUGGACGACGGCAGGCUCGGGCCAGCAGGCUCAGUAACAACAGGCGACCUGGUCAGAGUCCCUCUCCCAGGGGACCCCGAUGCUACCUUCCACCCGGACGACCAUCCGAACCUGCAUAGAAGGCUCGGCAGCAUCAGCCGCUCCCUCAGCAACUCCUCUGAGCAGCCAAGAAGCCGAUGGCGGACGGCGUUUGCGGUGUGCGGUGGGCGGCAUAAUUUGGCAUUAUUGUGUCCGGAGGAGGAUUUGAGUGAGGUGAGCUGCCAUUUGCCAUGGCAUAAGGCACAGAAGGAGAGAGAGGGGAAAAAAGCGCAAGAGGGGCAGGUGCAAGGGGCUGGGGGGGCGGAGGCAGCAAGCAAGGCAGGGACAAGUGGAUCGGAAGCAGGAGACGGCAGCACACAGCAGGGUGGAAGCAACGGUGAUGGAAAGCGUGCAGAGGGUGCUGCUUCAAUAGAUGGUAGUGACACGUAG